AGAACAAAACAAUACGGAAGUAAAACGGUAGGGAGAGUUUGUUUGGGUUUGUUUGUCCUCGUCCGCGAAAACAUACAUGCUGAAUACCCAACUUUCAGUCGACUAAAACAUGUCUAAACUCCAGUCGUUUCGUGUGUUUUUAAAUGAGCGUUUAACGGCGGCAGCUGUGGAGAUUUUCGGGGCAGUUGAAGAAACGGUAGCGGAGUACCACGAGGAGAAUGAUCGGUUACGGAGACUGCUGCGGAUCACACCGGAGAUAAAACUAUGUAGGAUAGACUCCCUGCAGCUCUCUGUCUCUGAGGAGGAGGUUCUCCCUGAGCAGCAGCACUGUGAGCAGGAGUGGAGCCCCAGUCUGGGGCAGGAGAACCCAGAGCUUCCACAGAUUAAAGAGGAACAGGAGGAACUCAGGACCAGUCAGGAGGAAGACCAGCUUCAAGGGCUGGAGGCUGAUUUCAAAAUCACUCCUUCCUGUGUGAAAAGUGAAUGUGACCAGGAGGACCCAUUUCAGUCCUUCACUUCUCCCCAAACCCAGACUGUGGAGAACAGAGAGAGUGAUCCUAAACAAGUGGUUCUCACACCUUUUGUUACUGUGACCCACCUUAAGGGUCUCAACAUUCCCUGUGACCCUCCAGAUAAUCAAAACAAUGCCUCCAGCCACAGCUCCACCUUAAGCAGCGACCCAGCGGCACUUGACAGCAGCCCAUCGUUGGAUCCCAGCCCAUCGAUGGCGGAACAUUCUUCCAGCACGUCUAGAAAAACUCACCACUGCUGUGAAUGUGGUGAAAACUUUGCUCUGAAAGCUGACCUGCAGAGGCAUAUGACUCUCUACAAGAAGAGACUCCGUGAAUGCAGUUUCUGCAGAAAACGCUGCACCUCCACCUGUAAACUAAAGGCCCAUAUCCGCCUCUGUCACAGUGGGAGACCCUGCACCUGCCCUGUUUGUGCCAAGACCUUCAAACUCAAAGGAUAUCUGUCCAAGCACAUGAGGAUUCACACAGGAGUGGGAGAGAAACCAUUUAGCUGUGGAGACUGUGGGAAAAGCUUUAAUUUGAAGGGGAACCUAAAGAACCAUAUGUUGACUCACACAGGAAAUAAAUCAUUUAGCUGUGGAGACUGUGGGAAAAGCUUCAUUCAUAAGUGGAACCUAAGGAGCCAUAUGCUGACUCACACAGGAGAGAAACCAUUUAGCUGUGGAGACUGUGGGAAAAGCUUCAAUCAGGAGGGGAACCUACGGAUCCAUAAACGGACUCACACAGGAGGGAAACCAUUUAGCUGUGAUAACUGUGGGAAAAGCUUUAAUCAGAAGGGGUCCCUAAAGAAGCAUAAACUGACUCACACAGGAGAGAAACCAUUUAGCUGUGGUGACUGUGGGAAAAGCUUCAAUCAGAAGGGGAACCUAAGAAACCAUAAACUCACUCACACAGGAGAGAAACCAUUUAGCUGUAAUGAUUGCGGGAAAAGCUUCACUCAAAAGUCUAACUUACUGACGCAUGUGAAAAAAAUACACAAAGGAGGAAAACAGGAUUAAAACUGAAAGAAAGAACAUUAUGACAAAGAUCUAUUUAGUCACAAGAUGAACUUAAAAAGUCAGGAUGUGGACGAUUCUGAGUUACACGCUCAGACAAACAUAGCUGGAAUAAGUAAAUGAAGUCUGAGAGAAUGGUCAGAUUAACUGAUGACUAAAAUAUUAGUGCAGAUGGCAUUGUUUUGUUACGUGCAUAGAUGUAUUAUAGGUAAUGAAUGAGCAGGGAACUUCUGAAAUUCUACAGAUUUUGUGGCACAGCAGGAAUACACACAAACCAAAAAGUAAAAUAAUGGAAUUAAGGAAUAUAUAAAUAUUAGGACGAGCCAUGUCAGAGUGGCAUUGACUAAAAUACAGUAGAACAGAAUAUAUUAUAUACAUAUGAGAUGAGUAAAGCAGUAUGUAAAUAUUAUUAAAGUGACUAGUGUUCCAUUAUGCAAGUGGCCAGUGAAUUCAUGUCUAUGUAUAUAGGGCAGCAGCCUCUAAGGUUCAGGGUUAGGUAACUGGGUGGAAACCGCCUAGGGGAACAUUCUCAAAUAUGUGGGUGUAAAACACUGUUAAAAGCACGGUUUGUGUAGGGGUGGCUGUCCCUAGCAUUGCCAAAAGACAAAGAGCUGUGACUGGAUCAGUGGUUCACCAAUCAGGGCCUUGAUGGGCUUGGCAACAGUAACAAAGGGUGAUGUGUAAUGAAACUAGGGUGCGUGUGCCCUGGGUAAACCAUUUUUUUUGGGGGGGGGGGGGAUUGGGCAUUUCUUUAUGAGCAUCGGGUAACGUCCUCGGAACAAACCGGGAACUAGACAAAAACCUCCAGGAGAGAGCAUGGCACAACGUCCCAUGAACCUUUAGGGACCAUGACACAACAUCCCAAUAAUUCCUUAAAAACGUCCUCGAGACCAGCCAGGAAUUAGACAGAUCCUCUAGGGAACCAUGACACAACGUCCUGACGACUUUAGGCGACCAUUUUGUGACAUCCUGGGAGGUCCCAACGACUCAUUGUUUACAUGGAAGUUAUGUUAUUCAUUAAAUAAGUAACAUUUACUUUUUUUUUUAUUAACCCAUGUUUUUUUUACAGUUUUUCUGCUACAAAAGUGUGCAAUGCUGUGAUCAAGGCAAAAGGGGGGCUACUUUGAAGAAUCUCAGAUAUAAAAUAUAUUUUGAUUUGUUUAACACUUUUUUUGGUUACUACAUGAUUCCAUAUGUGUUAGUUCAUAGUUUUGAUGUCUUCACUAUUAUUCUACAACGUAUAAAAUAGAACAAAUAAAACCCGCAGGAAUUAGUAGGUCUGGUACUGUACAGUCGGCCAAAAGGUUUGAGAAUGACACAAAUAUUAAUUUCGCAAAGUUUGCUGCUUCAGUGUCUUUAGAUAUUUUUGUCAGAUGUUACUAUGGAAUACUGAAGUAUAAUUACAAGCAUUUCAUAAGUGUCAAAGCCUUUUAUUGACAAUUACAUGAAGUUGAUGUAAAGAGUCAAUAUUUGCAGUGUUGACCCUUCUUUUUCAAGGCCUCUGCAAUCCGCCCUGGCAUGCUGUCAAUUAACUUCUGGGCCACAUCCUGACUGAUGGCAGCCCAUUCUUGCGUAAUUAAUGCUUGGAGUUUGUCAGAAUUUGUGGGUUUUUGUUUGUCCACCCGCCUCUUGAGGAUUGACCACAAGUUCUCAAUGGGUUUAAGGUCUGGAGUUUCCUGGCCAUGGACCCAAAAUAUUUAUGUUUUGGUCCCUGAGUCACUUAUCAAUUUUGCCUUAUGGCAAGGUGCUCCAUCAUGCUGGAAAAUACAUUGUUCGUCGCCAAACUGUUCCUGGGAGAAGUUGCUCUCGGAGGAUGUGUUGGUACCAUUCUUUAUUCAUGGCUGUGUUCUUAGGCAAAAUUGUGAGUGAGCCCACUCCCUUGGCUGAGAAGCAACCCCACACAUGAAUGGUAUCAGGAUGCUUUACUGUUGGCAUGACACAGGACUGAUGGUAGCGUUCACCAUGUCUUCGCCGGACAAGCUUUUUUCCGGAUGCCCCAAACAAUCGGAAAGGGGAUUCAUCAGAGAAAAUGACUCUACCCCAGUCCUCAGCAGUCCAAUCCCUGUACCUUUUGAAGAAUAUCAAAGCAAUGAUGAAGACACGUGUUUCCUUGCAGGUAACCAUGGAUGACAGAGGAAGAACAAUAAUUCCAAGCACCACCCUCCUUUUGAAGCUUCCAGUCUGUUAUUCGAACUCAAUCAGCAUGACAGAGUGAUCUCUGGCCUUGUCCUUGUCAACACUCACACCUGUGUUAACGAGAGAAUCAUUGACAUGAUGUCAGCUGGUCCUUUUGUGGCAGGGCUGAAAUGCAGUGGAAAUGUUUUUGGGGGAUUCAGUUCAUUUGCAUGGCAAAUGAUCACUCUUCAUAACAUUCUGGAGUAUAUGCAAAUUGCCAUCAUCCAAACUGAGGUAGCAGACUUUGUGAAAAUUAAUAUAUGUAAUUCUCAACACUUUUGGCCACGACUGCACAUACAGUAAUUACAGAAUAAUACAUGACUGAACAUAGACUCCUUACUCCCACCCUCAGCCACUCUCAGCCUAUCGCCAUAGACCACCGUCGUUUGGUUUACAUGUGCCAUAUAUUUUUGAAUUGUGCUGUGAUGUUUUAUAUACAUUUUGAACCUUUCUAAUCGUAUAGUAUCCACAGAUUGUGAGCCAGAGAUGUCAACUUUUACUACCAGUAAUAUUAUUUGACUGACUGUGGCUUUCCAAAUUGCCCAACACUGCUAUUUGUAAGGUUCAUUUUAAAUGAAUGUUGUUGUUUUUUUUUACCAUUCCUGAACCUGUGACCAGAGACAAGCUACAUAGGGGCAAUACCAAAAUAAAUGAUGUACGGAGUCUGUCUCUGCAGCCAAAUCUA